UCUUUUCUACCCAGGGAUUUGCCCCAAUUAGCCCAGAACACUAUAAUUUAGUCGUGUCUGCGCAUGUCGAGGUCUUUUGUCCCUCGGCGGACACCGUUGCCAGCCAGAGGCUAUGUCUCCGCGCUCGUCGCCUUCGUAGGGCGCCGAGUUCUACCUUUUUUCCCACUCUUGCCAUGGCGAGCCGAGGAGCCCGGCAGCGCCUGAAGGGAAGUGGGGGCAGCGGCGGGGACACGGCCUCGGCCGCCGACAAGCUGCGGGAACUGCUGUGCAGCCGGGAGGCUGGCAGCGCCGAGCCCCGGCCCGAGUUAUCUGGGAACAAAGCAGGACAAGUCUGGGCACCUGAAGGAUCUACUGCGUUCAAGUGUCUGCUCUCAGCAAGGUUAUGUGCUGCUCUCCUGAGCAACAUCUCUGACUGUGAUGAAACAUUCAACUACUGGGAACCAACACACUACCUCAUCUAUGGGAAGGGGUUUCAGACUUGGGAAUAUUCCCCAGCUUAUGCCAUUCGCUCCUAUGCUUACCUGUUGCUUCACGCCUGGCCAGCUGCAUUUCAUGCAAGAAUUUUACAAACUAAUAAGAUUCUUGUAUUUUACUUUUUACGAUGUCUGCUGGCUUUUGUGAGCUGUAUAUGUGAACUUUACUUUUACAAGGCUGUGUGCAAGAAGUUUGGGCUGCAUGUGAGUCGAAUGAUGCUAGCCUUCUUGGUUCUCAGCACUGGCAUGUUUUGCUCAUCAUCAGCAUUCCUUCCUAGCAGCUUCUGUAUGUACACUACAUUGAUAGCCAUGACUGGCUGGUAUAUGGACAAAACUUCCUUUGCUGUGCUUGGAGUAGCAGCUGGGGCUAUCUUAGGCUGGCCGUUCAGUGCAGCUCUUGGUUUACCUAUUGCCUUUGAUUUGCUGGUCAUGAAGCACAGGUGGAAGAGUUUCUUUCAUUGGUCGCUGGUUGCCCUAAUGAUCUUUCUGGUGCCUGUGGUGGUCAUUGACAGCUACUAUUACGGGAAGUUGGUGAUUGCACCACUCAACAUUGUUUUGUAUAAUGUCUUUACUCCUCAUGGACCUGAUCUUUAUGGUAUAGAGCCCUGGUAUUUCUAUUUAAUUAAUGGAUUUCUGAAUUUUAAUGUAGUCUUUGCUUUGGCUCUCUUGGUCUUACCACUGACUUCUCUUAUGGAAUACCUACUGCAGAGAUUUCAUGUUCAGAAUUUAGGCCACCCAUAUUGGCUUACCUUGGCUCCAAUGUAUAUUUGGUUUAUAAUUUUCUUCAUCCAGCCUCACAAAGAGGAGAGAUUUCUUUUCCCUGUAUAUCCACUUGUAUGUCUCUGUGGUGCUGUGGCCCUUUCUGCACUUCAGAAAUGUUACCACUUCGUGUUUCAGCGAUACCGCCUGGAGCAUUAUACUGUGACAUCGAAUUGGCUGGCGUUGGGAACACUCUUCCUGUUUGGGCUCUUAUCUUUUUCUCGCUCUGUGGCACUGUUCAGAGGGUAUCACGGGCCCCUUGAUUUGUAUCCAGAAUUUCACCGAAUUGCCACAGACCCAACCAUCCACACUGUCCCAGAAGGCCGGCCUGUUAAUGUCUGUGUAGGAAAAGAGUGGUAUCGAUUUCCCAGCAGCUUCCUUCUGCCCGAUAAUUGGCAGCUUCAGUUCAUUCCAUCAGAGUUCAGAGGCCAGUUACCAAAACCAUUCGCAGAGGGACCACUGGCCACCCGGAUUGUUCCUACUGACAUGAAUGACCAGAACCUAGAGGAGCCAUCCAGAUAUAUUGACAUCAAUAAAUGCCAUUAUUUAGUGGAUUUGGACACCAUGAGAGAAACACCCCGGGAGCCAAAAUAUUCAUCCAAUAGAGAAGAAUGGAUCAACUUGGCCUACAGACCAUUCCUUGAUGCAUCUAGACCGGAGAAGAGUAGAACCAACUUUCAGGAAGAAUUGAAAAUCCCGGGACUGGAUGGCUGUGUUGAGCUGUUCUGCACACUCUGGCUUGGCAUCCAAGAACUAGCCUCCCUUGGGCCGUAUGAGCUUCUCCACCAAAGCUCUUUGGCAGCUCCUAGCAGACCUUCUCGUUCCAAUCCUAGUGCUGAAAAUGAGCACAGCCUAAUUGCCAGCCUACAUGUCCUUUUCACCUCCAGCAAGACUAAGCUUUUCUAAAGCACGUCACAGGACCAGGACCCUACCCUGGAGGUAUCUCAGGAAAAAGGCAACCAGUUGAGGAACUGUGGCUUAAUUUCAUUACAUAGGAUGCCUCUUGCUUUCAUCUUAUUUCCUUUACAACAAACUAUAACUAUAUGGGUUUGGGUUUUUGUUUGUUUGUUUGUUUGUUUUUUAAGUUUUAGCAUGCUGUUUCUUGAAUUCAAGACUUCCCUGUAUAAAGGUAUCAACAGACCAGACUAUAACUGUACAGGACAUACGUGGAGAAAAUUAACUCUCUCAGUUGGUAGAUUUGGAUGACAUCACAUUUUAAAGUAAUUUAUUCUGAGGCCAUUUCUGAGGAAAUUAAGAAUCUCCCUUUUUUAAACAACCCUAGUGAAAAAGACCAGUGUAUAUUCAUGGCACCUGUUUUUGAGUAUGUCUAUUGCAAAGCGCAUCCUGCAUGGGGCACCUCUAGUCAAAUAGGCAAUGAUAAGGACUUAAUUAAAACAUAAGUAUAUACUUUACUUUGCUUUUACACACAGUAUUUCACAGUUUACAAAGCACUUUCACAUUAUCUCAUUUGAUCCUCACAGUCAUGACGUGAGGUAGACAAAGCAAAUGGUUUUAUCCCCAGUUUACAGAUGAAGAAACUGAGGCUAUGGGGCAGGGGGCAGGGGGAGGUAAGGUGACUUGCCCAAGGCCACACAGCCAAUAAGUAGUAGUGCUAGGACCAGAACCUGGGUUGCCUAACUUCUCAUUCCGUGCUCGUCCCUACUCCUGACUUGACUGUGAAAACAUUACUUGAAAGAAUGAUGAGGUUGGCCAGAGACCUAAUUGAUAACGUAACUUUCUAUUUUAAGGAAGAAUUUUAUCUGUGUUUCUGUGAGUUCUUUGGCGCCUCCAGUCUGCCUGUUGGUUAGACCAUCAUAGCGGUACUCCGGGAUGCAGCCUGGCCUGUGGCAGGAAAGUAGUGCUCAUGUUUGGAAGUCAAGCUCCUUUGAAGCCACACAGGAUCCAAUACCAGUUCCAUUCCUAUAGUCAAUCUGGGGUCACAUUAUAGUGCCUUAUUUCCCUAAGGGUGAUUGUGUCUAGUAUCUGCAAAUAGGAUGCAUUCAUUUUUCAGAGUUUCCAUCUUUCAUUUUUCAAAGAGAAGGGAUUUUCAGUAGGAACUGAUCCCAAGAGAGGAGAAGUGACAAGGGAAGAAAUGGCUAGUUACCAUAGGAAGAGUCCUCAUUCGGAUCCCCUCUAAAGGAAUAUCUGGGGAGGGGUUGAAGAACUGUGAGUCAGUAGGUCUAGAUAGCAUAGAACAAUGAUAACUGGAGAGUGAAGAUAAACUGGGGUCCCACUCGCUGCUUUAAAGAUUUUUGUAUUUAAUUUUCAAUACUUGAUUACUGUUUCCCAAGGCAAAUAUUGGCACAUGUGGUCUGACUAUAGGAUAGAGAAUUUUUAGUGAAAUAUCUUGCCAUACCUGCAGUAAUAGUGCACUGUCCUUCACAGUGGCUAGAGCUCUCUUUUUUUUUUUUUGCCACGGUAAAUGAGAGAGUACAGUAAUGGAGGUCCAUGGUGAGUGGCUUUUUUCUAAUCAAAGUGGUACAGUGCUGAUCCAUUUUAUCAUGUUGCAUGUUAAAAAAGAAAAAGCCUUCUGAGAAAGAACUUACUGUAAUAUAGCACAAAAAAGGUCAUGAUCAAUCUAGGUAUUCCUUGAGAAUAUCAGUUGCUAUCCCUUUUAAAACCUGAUUUCGGUUUGCUCUGUUCUAUGACUAUCUUUAGUGAGAGCACAGUAAAUUGCAGAACACUCUGCCAAAUUCGUUAGGUAAGGGAUAUAAAAAUGAAUGUUUUUUGUUGUGAAGGUGUUUUUCACAUGAUAUAUAAACGCGUUAAAACAUCUCCACCUCAGCAAUACAGGGAGGUUAGCUUUGCCUGGGAAGAGGGUUUCAAAACACUUGGUGAGAGUAGCAUUUCUCCUCCAGAGAAUCAGUGUUCAGCAUGAGCUGACCGCUCUGCUCACUGUAAGGAUAAAGUAUCUCAGGUACGUUUUUCUCCACAGAUUGUUGACUGUCAAGGAAUGAAUGAAGGUCUACAGCUUAUUGGUAAUAACCUUUGAUUAUGGAGCUGAGCGAGGGAGUUGGGUGUAUUGGCAAUUCCAGGGCUCUCUGAUCUCUAGAUCUUAAGCAGCCUUGUCUGAACCCCAGAUCUCACAACACUGAGUCCUAUUACUGAACCAGCCUGUGUAGUAGCAUCUGCUAUCGAAGUAUACCUGUCAACUUGUAGGUGUCAUCUGAUAAGAAAGACCACUCGGGCUUCCCUGGUGGCGCAGUGGUUGAGAGUCCGCCUGCCAAUGCAGGGGACGCGGGUUCGUGCCCCAGUCCGGGAAGAUCCCACAUGCCGCGGAGCGGCGAGGCCCGUGAGCCAUGGCUGCUGAGCCUGCGCGUCUGGAGCCUGUACUCCGCAACGGGAGAGGCCACAACAGUGAGAGGCCCGCGUAUCGCAAAAAAAAAAAAAGAAAGACCACUCAUUUUAAUCUCUUGAAAUUAUAGCAGAAGAGUGAAGCCACACUCUUUAUUACUGAAUUCAAGUUUAGAAACUGAUUCUCUGUUUUAAAUCAAGGUGGUUCUUGAUCCCAACCAUUUAUUUGGGUCAUUUUUUCUAGUUUGGAGUUCUGGGAAAGAACCUUCAAAACCCCAUGUAAUUCUGCAGCAUUAGGUCUAGAUUGACCAUUUGGGCAAAGCACAAAUGGAAAUCCUUUAUUGUGUUUUGCAUUUUGUGGGAUUUAUUGAAAUAAGAAUUCACCAUGAUUGUGCUGUCUUCUGGCCAGUGUUGGGCAGCUCUGCUUUAAAUUUGGUUAAUUUUAUUUUCUCUGAAGAGCGAAAAGAGGCAGUUUAAUCUUUCCCUCCAUAGGCAUAUUAAGCUCGUGUAUUAAUUCAUUCUUAGGCUCCUACAUUAAAUGCCUUGGGUAAACAGAUAAAUGGACAUGUGCUCAGAUGUAAUUUUUUUGCAACAGAAAGAUCUGACUUCCAUAUGGCAUUGUUGGAUUUCAGAGGCUCUCUGGUGUUUUGAUAAAUCUAAAUGAAUGUUGCCUUUAAUUUUUCCAGUAUAUAAUCUAUUUAACCAUGAGAUUCAUGCUGCAAGUGAAAUC